AUGGUUGGCUGGUUGGGUCUUGGGGUGGGAUCGGAUGGGGAAAAUGGUUACAAGGAGUUUGGUUUUUUGGAGGUGGAGGUUGGGAGAGAUGAGAGAUGUAAAAUGAAGAUGGGAUAUACAGGUACAGAUACAAAUGGGGCAUUCCGGUUACCGGUAAGGGGAUUUGGGGGGAGGUUAGUAAGUAGGUACAGCAGGUUUCUGUAA